AUGCCUCCCAUCCGAACUGAGAAGAGCAACUCAGCCGCUGAUGCCCCAGCCCCCGGCACCGACGCGCCAAAGAAACGGCUGCUGAAGCCCGUCGUCAAAGGCGUCAAAGAUGCCCGCUUCAACAGCAGCGUAACUGACUGGGACGGCAAAUAUCAUAACCUCAUUGGAACAUCAACCAGAAUGAUUUACUUCGGCUAUACAUUUGUCUUGACUGAUGACCAUAUCGACGACAUCUUGGUCUUGUCACGUCAAGUUCGCGAAAAGAUCUGGCAAUUCAUUUUUGAUUUCAGCGACGUCAGCUACACUGCAAAGAACGGUGCCAGGGAUCUCACCAACGAAGCCGUCAUUCGUCUAGCUAAAGGUCUGCCCAACCUCAGGACCGUCAGUCUCCCCAGUGCAAAUCAAGUCGGCGACGCGGGUUUCCUCGGCCUGAUCUCCAACUGCCCAGACCUCAGACUUCUCGAGAUCACCCCGUCCAGCACCAACUCAUACACCUUAACUAAGAUCACUGCAAAAGCUUUCGAUGAGAUUUGUGAACAUCCAGAGUGGGCUCCUGGUCUCAAGCAGAUUGUUAUCACGAAUGACGAGAACAACAAGGAGUUCAUGAAGUCAAUGCGUGCGAUGAGCAAGCAGAGGGAGAAGAUGGUGGUUACUCUGCUUGGUCGCGAUGAGGAGAAGAAAUGGGGAGACUGGGAGAUAACUACGAGUCCGGAGCAUUUUAUGAAGGGUCGCAAAUGUGAACCAGAAAAAACGCCCCGUGGAACUGCCCAUCGCUAUGGUCGGAUAUUGUAA